AUGCCUGAAUACUUUGUUCUCAACACUGGGGCGAAGAUCCCCUCCGUUGGGCUCGGCACGUGGCAGGAGAAGCCCGGUGGUGCCGGAGCUGCUGUCAUCGCGGCCGUCAAGGCUGGCUACAGACAUUUUGAUUGUGCUUUAAUAUACGGCAAUGAAAAAGAGAUCGGACUCGCUCUGAAACAAGUUUUUGAGGAGGGUAUUGUCAAGCGAGAAGACUUGUUCAUCACCUCAAAAUUAUGGUGCAGUGAUCAUGCACCUGAAGAUGUGCCUGAGGCAUUGGAAAUAAGUUUGAAGGACCUGCAACUUAAUUACGUUGAUCUGUACCUUAUUCAUUGGCCUUUUCGUGUUAAGAAAGGGGCAAGCUUUAGUCCACAAAACUAUAUUACACCUGACAUACCUGCAACAUGGGGAGCCCUAGAAAAGCUCUAUGAUACAGGGAAAGCCCGAGCCAUUGGUGUGAGCAAUUUUUCUUCCAAGAAACUCGAAGAUUUGCUUGCUGUAGCCCGUGUGCCCCCGGCUGUAAAUCAAGUGGAGUGUCAUCCUGGAUGGCAACAGCCCAGGCUACACCAAGUUUGUCAAUCCAAGGGUAUCCAUCUCUCUGCUUAG